AUGGUUGAUCAUACAAUGAACGUGUACGAUUUCUAUGUACUCAGUGACAAAUUUAAAUUUAUUGUGUGUUCAUUUAAUGAAUAUGACAGACAGAUGGCAAACGAAUUAAUCAACGAGUAUGCAAUUAAUUAUUCAUUUGAGGAUUUAACAGCAUUAUACGAAUAUUGUCACAACAACAAUCGUGGUGUAUAUUUUAUACAUUAUUGUCAAUACGAAAUUAUAUAUAUUUACGCCAUCUUGAAUCGAAUGGCAAAUAUAGGUAUUAACAACAUCGAUCGAUUAUCGUUAAACCGAUUGUUAUAUUAUGUGAAUGAUUGGUGGUUACGUGACGGUAUUGCUGCCGCAUGGAACGUUCUGUUGGACGCGUAUGAUAGAGAACAACACGAACUUGAAGAAGCCAAUCUUUAUGACAAUUCUCUAAUAUCUGACAUUAGCAUAGAAGAUCUCAAGAGUAGUGUUGAUACUCUCUUCUCGGGGAAUGUAGAAGAGGGGACUAUUUCCUUUUCUAACAGGGAGUUAGAAGACUUCGCUUUUAUAGAAGUCACUCCAUCUGAAGAGUCUCUUCCUUUUUUCUAUGACUCUGAUGCUAGUGCUGGUUUUUGA